AUGCUCAUGCUCAAUGGAUCAGUCUUCAUGCCUUCUGUAUUAAAGCUAGUUGGGAUUCCUGGCCUCGAGUCAGUGCAGUGUUGGAUUGGAAUUCCAUUUUGUGUUAUGUACAUCAUUGCUGUGAUUGGGAACUCCCUAAUUUUAGUUAUAAUCAAAUUUGAAAAAGGCCUCCAUAUACCCAUGUAUAUUUUCUUGGCCAUGUUGGCAGCCACAGACAUUGCACUUAGCACCUGUAUUCUUCCCAAAAUGCUAGGCAUCUUCUGGUUUCAUUCACCAGAGAUUUCUUUUGAUGGUUGCCUCUUACAAAUGUGGCUUAUCCACUCACUCCAGGCAACUGAAUCAGGUAUCCUUCUGGCCAUGGCCUUGGAUCGUUAUGUGGCCAUCUGUAACCCAUUGAGACAUGCCACCAUCUUGUCCCAACAACUUUUGACUCAUAUUGGAGUUGCAGUGACACUCAGGGCUGCCAUCCUUGUAUCACCAUCUAUACUUCUUAUCAAAUGUCAUCUUAAACUCUACCGCACUACUGUUGUCUCCCACUCUUAUUGUGAGCACAUGGCCAUUGUGAAACUGGCUACUGAAGAUAUUCGAAUCAACAAGAUAUAUGGUUUAUUUGUUGCCUUUACCAUCCUGGGGUUUGACAUAGUCUUUAUCACCUUGUCCUAUUUUCAAAUCUUUACCACUGUCUUUCAAUUACCCCAGAAGGAGGCACGAUGGAAGGCCUUCAACACAUGCAUUGCCCACAUUUGUGUCUUCCUCCAGUUCUAUCUCCUUGCUUUCUUCUCUUUCUUCACACACAGGUUUGGUUCUCACAUACCACCAUAUGUUCAUAUCCUCUUGUCAAACCUUUACCUGUUAGUCCCACCUUUUCUCAACCCUAUUGUUUAUGGAGUGAAGACCAAACAAAUCCGUGAACAUGUCUUGAAAAUGCUUUUCGCCAAAAGAAGUCUUGGUCAUUAG